GGGAAGGUCCAACUUCAGUGCUGGAUGUUCAUACAGGAUUUCCUAUGACUAAUGUUGUCAGCAUUCAAAACUUUUAAUUGAAAAUGUGGGCGUUAUACAGAUAGGAAAUUUACCAUUUAAAAUUUCUGAUUUGAAAAUGAAUGAAAAUUGCUCUGAUUUUCAGAUUCAUUCUCCCUACAUGGAACAGCAGCAGAAGAAAAAGGAAGUCACUAAGUGGCAUAUGCUGGGACUGCCUGCCAAGCGUUUACACAAGUCCUUUCUAUCUGGAUGGGAUCCACAGGAAGCUUGUACAGGAAGGACUUUUCCUUCCUUAUUUUUGAUAAGCUUCGUUGGAUGGAAAUUAUGCCAGUUAUUUUACAGCAAAAGAUAUGUUUCCAAUAAGCAGCUGGCAUUACUGCAAACAACCGUCUUAAAUGAAAUCAAACUCCACGUUGGGAAAUAUAAAAAUAUCACGGGAUCUCUACAGCACACAAUCAAAAUACAAGCAGCAUACCUACAGCAUGGAGCUUCCCAAUGACACUGAGGAAGCAGAACCUGCAUCAGUACCAAUGUCUAAAAGCCUGGACAACUGGGAACCCACAAAGAACAGCUUGGCCCAAAGGAACCUGAUGAACCGAUACUGCUAUUCAAAUAUCAGCUUCACAAAAGCAUUUUUUUCCUCUCCACAACUUUGCAUUAAAAAGUCUAGAAAUCUUCCAACUGGAAUGUCUUUACAUAUCGCUGGUUUUUGUUUUGUUAUUGAGCCUCACUUGUUGCUAAGGAAGAGUAGAGAACAUCGAGGGACUUCUACCAGAACUGAAGGUGAGCAUGCAUUCCAGCAGCCUAUUUACCAACCCAUAUGCAAUAGAAGUCCUAAGAACUAAAAGAGAAGAGCUAAUAGAAGGCAUUAAUGACCCCGACCGCCUUCUGAGCUGCCUCAUAGACAAUGGCAUUUUUCCCCCAGAAAAAAGGAUGGUUAUGAGCUUCUACAGGACGCGAACAGGAAAGAACUCUCGUGUUGUGGACAUCCUCAUUUCCCAAGGUGAACGAGCCUGCAGGCUCUUUUUCUACCCGUGUUUAAAGCAAGUGGAGCCAAAACUUUAUAAUGAGAUGAGAAAAUAUGUCAACGAAGUAAAUGAAAGGGUCAGAGAUGCCAGAAGACAACUGAUAGGAUAUUUACUUGAAAGAGACAAAGUUUGGUUUGAAAAGAGCUAUGAACAGUACCAAGAAGAAAGAGGGAGUCCUAGAAGGAAAAGACAAGAAGGGGCUACUAAGAAGAAAGGAAAAGAAACUCUGCUUUCAGGAGCAGCAAAACCUAGAGAACGUCAUUCAGAUAUUGGCAUCUUUGACGCAGCUGCUAAGGGCUGUAUUUCAGACUUAGAGAAAGCACUGAAAGAUAACGAUAUUAAUGCACUAAACUCUUCAGGUGAAACCCUUCUGCAUGUUGCAGCCUCUCAGGGGCAUCUAAACGUAAUGGAAUAUUUGAUCAGCAAAGGUGCCAAGCUGGAUGUGAUGGACCAGAAAGGGAGAACACCUCUGCACAGGGCUGCUGAGAAAGGCCAUGGUGAUGCAGCCAAAGCGCUUCUCCACCGUGGUGCUCACAUGUACAGUUUGGAUAAAGAAGGCAAGACACCACUUCAUCUGGCUGCACAGAAUAACCACAGUCACAUAGUGAAGAUGUUCCUGAGAAAAGAAGCGAGAAGCAACGGGAACCAGCACCAUUUUCUGCACAUGGCAGCUCUUAAAGAUGAAAGCAGUCUGGCAAAAAUGCUUUUAAAGUGUGGUGCCUCCGCUGAUGGGAAGGAUGAGAGAGGACAGACUGCUCUCAGUUAUGCUGUUUCUCAGGGCUUUGAAAACACUGCAGAAGUUCUCUUGGAAGCUGGAGCCAGCGUUGAUUCCAGCGUGGCCGAAAGAGCCUUUAACAGCAAGCACCCAUCCAUCUUCAAAACACUGCUAGAACAUUCGAAAGACCUGCCAUCACACGUAAUGGAGUCAGCUCUUUUUAAAGCUGUGCAGAAAAAUCUGCAUGGUAUAGUAGCAGCUUUAGCUGACAGAGGUACAGAUAUAAAUGCCUACAAUGAAAUGAAGUACACUCCUCUACUCCUGGCCUGUGAAACAGGCAAGGCUGAAUGUGCAGAAGUUCUAAUUGAAAAGGGAGCUCACUUGGGAAUAAAGACCCCCACUUCAGACACAGCUUUGCACCUGGCAGUUCGGGCUGGGGCUGCCUCCAUCGCCAACCUGCUCCUGCACAAAGGGAUAGAAGCCAAUGUGACCAAUCAGGCCGAUGAGACCCCACUCCAUAUCGCUGCACUGCACAACCAUGGAGCGUUAGUUGGCCCGUUAGUCGGUGCCGGAGCCAAAAUUAAUGCUGUCACUAAAGAGUUUGUUACUCCUUUGCAUACUGCGAGUCAAAGAGGUAAUGCUGAUGUUGCCAAACAGCUGCUGCAACACAAAGCCAAUGUUAAUGCAAAGGACAAGCAGUCAAAAUCACCUUUACAUUUUGCUUCUGAAAGGGGAGACAAAAUAAUGGUAGAGAUGCUACUGAAUGCUAAUGCUGACCCCAAUGCACAAGACAAGGAGAAAAAGACACCCCUGCACGCUGCAGCUCUGCGAGGUCAUCUCAGCAUUGCUCAAGUUCUGCUAGCUAAGAAAGGAAGACUUGGAGUUAAGGACAUGGAUGGAUGUACUCCCGUGCACUACGCUGCCAUCAAAGGAAACACAGAGCUUGUAAAAAUCCUUCUGACAUCAGGGAAAAAUAAGAAUAUUGAUGAUAGGAAUAUUUGGAGAAAGACUGCAUUGCAUAUUGCAGCUGAAUGUGGGCACAGUGACUUGAUAAACCUAUUACUGAGUUACGGGGCAGCCAUUAAUGCCUUAGACAGCAAUAAGGACACCCCAUUGCACUGUGCUUGCAAGGCCGGUCACUUAAAUGCUGUAAAUUCCCUCCUAAACUGGUCACAAGGAGAAAAAGCCAAUUUACAAGCAGCUAAUGGCCUCAAAAAGACCCCACUGCAAGUAGCAGAAUGUAACAAAACAGAGAAUCAGGCUCAAAUUGUCACUGUUCUGAAGAGGAAAAUGUUGAUGACAAAAUAAAUACGUAAAGCAAACGUUUCUAAAUGUAAAGGCAGGAUUAUUAUUUGAUAUCAUUUGGGUAAUGCUAUGGCGCUGUGUGGUUGAGAACAGGCAAAUUAAGUCAGUAAUGUGCAGGGAUCAUGGAAAACAGGAUCUUAAAUGUA